AUGCAAGCUCAUCCUCGUGUAGAGAAAUCGGGCCACUGCAGGAUACUUGUAGCGGACAAGGUGGAUUACAAGCCUUCGUUGGGAACAAUUGGGAUCAUAGAAGAGGGAGGAAGAGAUGUCAACGUGCUUGUUGUGAGAUCGACGAAGGUGACGGCAGACGUGUUCGACAGUCUGCAGGGCUUGAAGCUUGCUGGAGUCAAAGUUGCCAACUGCCCGGGAGCCAACGCAGACGCUGUGGCUGAGCUGACUUGGGGGCUGAUCCUCGCGUGUGACCGGGGGAUUGUGGAGCAGACGGGGGAGUUGAAGGAGGGGAAGUGGAGGAAGGGAAAGCACUCAGGGAGGAGCAGAGGGCUGAAGGGGAGGAAGAUGGGGAUCAUUGGGUUCGGGAGGAUAGGAAGGGAAGUCGCAGCAAGAGCACGCGGAUUUGGGAUGUCGUUGGUGGUCUGGAACAGAAGCCCGUUGAAGCAUGUGGAGGAGGAUGUCCUGGUGGGAUGUUUGUUUGCGAAGACGUGCUGCAAGUUGCAAGGGAAGCAGAUGGGGAAUGUCAUCGACGAAGAUGCUCUUCUGAGCGCUAUGGACAAGAAGAACAUUCGAGCUGGUCUUGACGUGUUUCAACAUGAACCUGCCCUUGCCGAAGCAAACUUUUCAAGUAAGCUUGCCGCACAUCCCAGUGUUGUUUGUACUCAUCAUAUAGGAGCUGCGACGACCCAGGCUCAAGCGGCUGUUGGACAACUCGUUGUUGAGAUUGUGAAGGAAUUUGACCGGACAGGAGAAGUGCUGCAUGCUGUGAAAUGA